AUGUCGAGGAGCCUUCUCUCUUUCCUCCUCCUCUCUUCCCCGUUAUCCUUGAUUGGGCCAUCCGUUGCCCACCCUGCCGAGGUUCGCCCACAGGACAGUUUCCAGCAUGAGUCCGGCCACAGCUGCACCAACUUGGUGAUUCCGUUCAAUGUGACCGAGAACUCGGACGGUCACUUCGAAGACGACAACUACAGCAUCGAGGUUCUCCAUAACUUCAUGGACUUCCGCGAUUUCAGGACGGCGACCUACCACAUCUCGGGUAUCUACUGCACGCCACCGGCGCAAGCCACCAACAAGCAGGACACCAUCCAAAUGCUCGUCCACGGCGCUACAUUCAGCAAGAUCAUGUGGGACUGGCCGUGGCAGCCGGAGAAGUACUCCUGGACCCGCCGCAUGCACGCCGAGGGCUAUCCCACUCUGGCCUUCGACCUGAUCGGGUCCGGCAACUCGUCGCAUCCCCACCCCCUGUACGAAGUUCAGACGCAGUUGAUCGUCGAGCAGGUCCACCAUAUCAUCAAGCUGCUGAAGGCGGGGCAGAUUGGCGGCAUGAAGUAUGACAAGGUGGCCUACAUCGGGUUUAGCAUUGCAUCUAUUGCAGGGGUGUCGCUGGCCUACCAGGUUCCUGACGCCAUCGACGCGUUGGUGCUCCAUGGCUUCACUUGGGAUAUCCAGGAUCUGUACCCUGCAUUCCUGAGCGGAUUGCAGGUGGCCGCCAAUGGGCUCGAGAAGCCCGAGUGGAAGAAGUACGCGGCCGAGUACACGACGCAGAUGAACCCGGCUGGUCGGCAAGCGGCCGUGUUCUAUGGGGACUUCGACCCGGAAAUCGUGCCGGUGGACUUUUACCUGAGGGACCUCGACACCCUCGGCCUGUCUAUUUCCCUAGCGUACCAUCUGGUGACGCCGAACUUGUACAAAGGCCCUGUGAUGCUCGCCAAUGGCGACCAGGAUGCGACCUUCUGCGGGCGUUCAUGUGGGUCCGCUCCGUAUGCGCUGUACGACCGGUUCCCAAAUGCCACAGAUCAUGACAUCAAGGUCUAUCCUCAGGCGGGACAUGGCAUCCAUCUGCAUAACCAUGCCCAGCAGUUGAUGGAUGAUACUCUGGCAUUCUUGAAGCGAAAUGGAUUCUGA